GAAGCACACGGGUGGUAGUGCUGUCUGUCUGUGAGGCCCAUCUUGCCUACUUGCGCUGUUCUUUUGUCUUCCUCUUCUUUUUCUCUCUGUGUAUGCGUGUUUGGGUGUGCGUGUGUCUGAAGAAGCUGCUUCAAACACACUCACACCAACGGAAACAUAACGGAGUUUACGUUAUCUGCUUCCAACUAAUGGGUUGUUGCCAAUCUAAUUCGAGCCGUCAUAACUACCCUCAUCCGCUUACGGUUGCUUCCUCCCCUAACGGCGCCAACAACAAUAACAACAAUAACACCGUUGUUACUGGUGCCUCCGCCGCUGCCUCUGCCGCCCUAGACGUCCCUCCUUUCUCUGAGUUCUCCCUCUCCGACCUCAAAUCGGCCACCAACGGCUUUAGCUCCGAUCACAUCGUCUCCGAGAGCGGCGACAAAGCCCCCAAUGUGGUCUAUAAGGGUCGCCUCAACAAUCAUAACCGACGUUUGAUUGCCGUCAAGAGAUUCUCCAAAUCGGCAUGGCCCGACCCCAAGCAGUUCGCUGAUGAGGCUUGGAGUGUUGGGAAAUUGAGGCACCCUAGGCUUGCGAAUUUGAUUGGGUAUUGCUGUGAUGGGGAUGAGAGGCUUCUCGUUGCAGAAUACAUGCCCAACGACACUCUCGCCAAACAUCUUUUUCAUUGGGAAAAUCAGACAAUUGAGUGGAGCAUGCGAUUAAGAGUUGCCCUGUCCAUCACACAAGCAUUGGAUUAUUGCAGUAAUAAAGGUCACCCAUUGUACCAUGACCUGAAUGCCUACAGAGUGCUAUUUGAUGAGAAUGGUGAUCCGAGGAUUUCAUGUUUUGGGCUGAUUAAGAACAGUAGGGACGGCAAAAGUUAUAGCACGAAUCUUGCUUAUACCCCUCCAGAGUACCUGAGAAACGGGAGGGUGACUCCAGAAAGUGUAAUCUUCAGUUUUGGAACUGUGUUAUUGGAUCUACUAAGCGGCAAGCAUAUCCCUCCAAGUCAUGCUCUUGACAUGAUAAGGGGUAAAAAUAUUCUACGUCUAAUGGAUUCACACUUGGAGGGAAACUUUUCCACCGAUGAGGCAACUGUGGUUUUCGACCUUGCCUCUAAGUGCUUGCAAUAUGAACCUCGAGAACGGCCCAAGAUCAAUGACCUUGUUACGACUCUGUCCAGACUGCAGAAUAAACCCGAUGUUCCAUCAUAUGUCAUGCUUGGCAUUGCAAAGCACGAGGAAGCACCAGCACCGCCAACUCCCCAGCAUCCUCUAUCUCCAAUGGGUGAUGCUUGUUCUCGCAUGGACCUUACAGCUAUUCAUCAGAUAUUGUUGAUGACACACUAUAAAGAUGAUGAAGGAACUAACGAGUUAUCUUUCCAAGAAUGGACUCAGCAAAUGAGGGAUAUGUUGGAGGCAAGAAAGCGGGGCGACCUGGCAUUCCGUGAUAAGGAUUUCAAAACUUCAAUUGAGUGUUACUCCCAGUUCAUUGAUGUGGGAACCAUGGUUUCCCCAACCGUUUAUGCGCGGAGAAGUCUUUGCUACCUGUUUUGCGAUCAACCGGAUGCUGCGCUGCGAGAUGCAAUGCAAGCUCAGUUGGUCUAUCCGGACUGGGCGACGGCAUUUUACAUGCAGGCUGUUGCACUGUCCAAAUUAAACAUGGAUAAGGAUGCAGCUGACAUGCUGAACGAGGCCGCUUCCUUAGAAGAGAAACGGCAAAGAGGAGGGAAAUGAUGUUAGCUUCAUAACCUUUCAUUGUAUUAGCAACCAAAACGUGUGUAUACUUCUUAAGUUGGAAGUGGAUUUCAUUCGUGGGAGGAAGAACGAUAUUUCUAUUCGCGUAAGCUGCUGUGCCUGUUUUUUCCCUCCUCCAUAUUAUAUUAUAUAAUAUUUAAUUGAUUCUUACAGUGUA